CCGGAUUGUUCCUUCUUACGAACUGGGGCACUUGUGAGCUUAAGGGCUUGGACGGAGUGGACCGACGCGCGAUGUCGUACAUGCUGCCGCACCUGUGCACUGGCUGGGCCGUGGACCAAGCCAUCAUGUCGGAAGGGGAACGCGUGGUAGUGAUGCGCUUUGGCCACGACCACGACCCCGUGUGCAUGCAAAUGGACGAGGUGCUGUGCGGCAUAGCUGAAGACGUCAAGAACUUUGCCGUUGUCUACGUCGUCGACAUCACGGAAGUGCCCGACUUCAACACCAUGUACGAGCUGUAUGACCCGUGCACCGUCAUGUUCUUCUACCGAAACAAGCACAUUAUGAUUGACUUGGGCACGGGUAACAACAACAAGAUCAACUGGGCAUUCAACAACAAGAAGGAAAUGAUUGACAUCAUCGAGACAGUCUACCGCGGCGCUCGCAAGGGCCGUGGUCUGGUCAUCUCGCCCAAGGAUUACUCGACCAAAUACCGCUAUUAAGUUACCAUGUGAACAGCAAGGGAACCUCCCCAGGUCAUCUGCAUUUCCUUCACCAGCUUGUUCCACCAAAGCUUCAUCGAUUAAGUUUCGUGCGCCAGAACCUUUCCCCUCCGGCAGCUCAUUACGAAAUCUAGCUGAAGCACGAAAGCAUUGAUCCUGCCGAGCGAGAACUCGGAGUGGAAUAACAUCAACUUUUCAUUGUCACGCAUUACUCUUCAUCUUGCUCUUGGGCGAACGGGUUGGCGAUCUCUUCCGUACCAUCCACGGGGGAUAUCAGCAUCACGGAUGUGCCUCGGCACACAAGCAGUCCCAACUCCCGCGUCUUCCCUGGUGUUUCAAACAUUUCGACCGCGUCGUCCAGCACUAAGUUGACGAGCUGAUCGUAACCCUUCAAGGUGCCGCGUACUUCCCGACCUCCCGCAAAUUUCACUUGGACGCUCUGGUCGAUGAACUUCGCCAGAUCCAGGAUUGGAUCGCGCUUCGUCGCACUCAUCUGCUUCUGGCCAC